AUUGAAUUCAACACAAAAAUCUAUCUGAUCUGAUCCAAUCCCGGUAAAUUUGGAAAUUUUGCGUGAAGCAGCUUCCAUUACGAAUACUUUGUACAAUAAGUAUAAACACGAACAAAGCCUGCUAAAAUGUCUAAGGCCCAUCCUCCAGAGUUGAAAAAGUACAUGGACAAACGUUUAUCACUGAAAUUAAACGGUGGUCGUGUCGUGUCCGGUAUUCUACGAGGGUUCGACCCGUUCAUGAAUGUCGUAGUAGACGAAUCAAUCGAAGAAUGCAAAGACGGAACCCGGAACAACAUCGGAAUGGUGGUUAUUCGUGGAAACAGUAUCAUAAUGGUCGAAGCGCUUGAUCGAAUAUAAUCAACCAGUACAAUCAACCUGAACUAGUGUAAUCUGAGCGAGUGAAGCGUGAUGUGAAUGAUUGAAUAAAACUCAACAAUUAAAGGAUACACACACA